CUCAUGGUAUUCACCAACUGUCAUGAGUAGUCUCCGUAGUGAACAGCCAUGCAUAGGGCUAGGUAUUAGUCUUGGCUGUGCCAUACACACUCUCUGCUUAUGGUUUAGAAGUUAGCCAACCUGGAGAGUAGCAGUUGUUCAUCAAACUAUUGCUGAGUCGGGACCUCUGUGUGACUCCCUGCAGGGUGGGUCAGUGUACCUGGACCUGCCCUGUUUCUGUGGCUCUGAUCACGUUGCUUCCUUACUGAUAACUGGGGUGCACCAUCCAGAGGGCAGGGCAGAGUCUGCUGGGAUUGUUUUUUGUAAGCUUUCACUUUCAAAUGGUGCAGGAGUCAGAGAAGGGUGGAUUCUCCUGUCUGGGAGUGCUUAGUGGGGGCCCAGGACCCUGUUUUGGCUCAGACCCCUCUAACCUGUUCAGGUUCUGCUUCCCCACUCAUCUGGGAACCACCUGCCUCUCAGGCAAGAAGACCCUAUGGCAUCCAACGUUGGAAUUGGGUGCAGGGUUUGCGGCUCAGAGCAGCUGACUGCAAGUGCAAUCUCUGAGAGCAGAUUUGGGGUCUGCUGAGAUCUCACACUACUGAGUUAGAGACAUUCCAGAAGUCUCAGCUUUCUAAGCAGGUGUUCUCCUGCCUCCUGCCCUGUGUCUCCCCAGCCCUGAGGAAAUGGAGGAUUGCCGCAGAGGCUCUUUGCUCUCCCGUCUCACCUGCCUGCUUCUCUUCUUCCAGUUGCCUGCUGGGGGGUCUGCAGAGGAGUUUGUGGUGAUUGGCCCCUCGGAACCCAUUGUGGCAGUGAUGGGUGGGAACGUCACGCUGCCCUGUCAUGUGUCCCCAGCCAUGGAUGUGGAAAACAUGGAGCUGCGGUGGUUCCGCUCCAAGUUCUCAGAAGUAGUGUUCAUCUAUGAAAACCAGCAGGAACAGAAAGAAGAGCAGCUGGCUCAGUACACAGGGCGGACCUCGCUGGUGAAGGACUUCCUCAGCCAGGGGGAGGCCACUGUGCGUAUCCACAAGGUCCAGGCUUCCGACAACGGGCUGUAUACCUGCUUCUUCAGAAAGGGAAGUUUCUAUGAAGAGGCCAGUUUGGAGCUGAAGGUGGCAGGUGUGGGCUCUGUCCCUCAAGUGCACAUCACAGGGCCAGAGGAGGACGGGGUCCGAGUGGUGUGCAUGGCCUCGGGAUGGUUCCCAAAGCCCCAGAUACAGUGGAGAGCUGCUAAUGGGGAAAAGUUCCUGACAUUUUCUGAGACCCAUGCCCAAGACACUGAAGGGCUGUUCAGCGUGGAGUCUGCUCUGGUGGUGAGGGACAGCUCUUCAGGGAACAUGACCUGCUCAGUCCUCAACCCCGUCCUGGACCAGAAGAAGGCGAUGGCCAUUUUCAUCCCAGAGCCCUUCUUCCCCCAGGCCUCUCCCUGGAAGCCAGCUUUCAUAGUGAGCCUCGUGGUGCUGAUGCUCUCACUCCUUGGGGCUGCCUAUUACAUCAAGACAGAACAUACUGUAAAGAGGCAGGAGAUGCAGGAAUGGGAGAGACUGCACAGGGACAAGGAGGAGGCCCGGCGGACAAAGGAGGAGGCGUUGAAGGCCAGAGAUGAACUCCAAGAAGAUCUUGGCAGGAGGAAAUCCAUUUACCUGGGUGGCUGGAGGAAGGCGCAGUUGUAUGCAGACUGGCGGAAGGAGAAGUUCCAGGCCUUGUCUGUCACUCUGGAUCCAGCGUCUGCAGAUCCGCACCUUGCUGUCUCUGGUGGACAGACUAGUGUGACCUUGGAGGACACAACUGCGGACUCAGGAAGACCCUGUAGCAUCUUGGGCCAGGAGGCCAUCACAUCAGGGCGCUGCUACUGGGAGGUGGAGAUCAAGAAUGGAAACAGUGGCGAGUGGGGUCUGGGGGUCUGUAGGGGAGAUGUGGAGAGGACAGAAUGGUACAGAGAGUGGCCAGAAGUGGGGUUCUGGGUUCUGAGGUGGAACGAUGGUAAAUUAUAUGCCCUUGUCCUCCCUGAGAGUCAGGAAAUCUGUGAUGAAGUUCCCCACAGGGUGGGUGUUUUCUUAGACCUCAGAGAAGGGGAUGUCUCCUUCUAUAACAUGACUCAUGGAUCUCACCUUUUCUCCUUCCCUCUAACUUCCUCCACUGGGACUCUGUUUCCAUACUUCAUGAUUCAGUCAGGAGAUGUGUCCCUGACCAUCUGCUCUGUGGUGGGUGUGCCUACAGAGACCCCUGUGCUCCUUAACAAUCCUCCAUCUUCUUUGGAGGAACCUGUAAGCCUCUCAGGGGAUGGGUUCAGCUCAGGCUCUGCUGUUGAUGGUGCUCUCCCAGGGGCUGACUCUCCAUUACUCCCCUAUGGCCCUGAGGCUAUGUGACCAUAGGACCCCAACACUGUCCCAGACUCCUUAUGGUGGCUCUUUCUGGAGCUUCACAUUCCUUGAGACAAAAGCCUCUGAGGUUAGUCCUGGAUGACCUGGUGUCUUGCACUCUUGCUCUGGAUGCAGUCUCCUGGGGUACGGCUAUGAGAACACUUAGUUCAUGCCUUAUGCUCAGGCAACAGAAGAUAAUAGUUGACUGAGCUGGAUUAGGGUAGGCUGAAUUUAACUAUUGGAAGUAAUGCUUCUUUUGGUAAUGAAAAUUAUUUCAUACAGUCUUUAUUCUGCUUGGAUAUGAAGGAGAUGAGGGCUGAAUGACUCUGCAGAAUUAAAUCGUGUAUAU